AUGGAGGUUUCCUACCCGUUCAGAGUCACCAAUAACAUUAGUACUAACGGAUCUUCUGAGGAUGACGAGGACUCUGUUUCUGAAAGUGCACAGAUUUUCUCAUACGUUUUCAUACCUCUGAUCACAUCAAUCACUGUUCUUGGUAACACUCUUGUCAUUUUAGCCUUUAUUAUUGACAAAAGACUUAGAAACCAGAGUAACUUCUUCCUUCUCAAUCUGGCUAUCUGUGACUUUUUCAUAGGUGCAUUCUGUAUUCCAGCGAGUGCUUCAUACAUCUUGACUGGGAAGUGGACUCUUGGAGAUGUUCUUUGCAAAGUCUGGUUGGUAGCUGACAACCUUAUGUGCACGGCUUCGGUUUUUAAUAUAGUUCUCAUCAGUUAUGACCGGUUCAUUUCCAUCACUAUGGCUGUGGUAUAUCGCUCCCAACAGAGGAAUCAUAGUCAGACUGCAGUUAAGAUGGCCUUGGUUUGGAUACUAGCCUUUCUUCUAUACAGUCCAGCUAUUAUUUUAUGGGAAUAUGUUAAUGGUGACCCUCUCAUUCCUGAAGGCUUGUGUGUUGCUGCAUAUUAUUAUAGUUGGCAUUUUCUACUUGGUGCAUCAACCUUUGAUUUCUUUCUUCCAUUGAUAGGCAUUGUAAUCUUUAAUUUCAGUAUAUACUGGAACAUUAGAAAGAGGAGUAGGAAGAAACCUGAAAUGUUCACACCGGGUCAUAGUGGGAUGUCUCCAGGACUGCCAGUUAUAUUUAGAUCUGGAAAAUUAAACGAAAGAAGACCUGAAUCAAAGAACAGUGCAUCUCAGUCAUCCAUUGGCAUCUCCUCCUCACAGAGCAGCAUCCAAGCUAUGAAGCUCUCCAGGGAUAAGAAAGUUGCUAAGUCUCUCACAAUUCUGGUCUGUGUAUUUGGGAUUUGUUGGGCGCCAUACAUAUUUCUCCAGACUAUCCGUGCGGCUUGUCAUGAUACCUGUGUUGAAUCUUACUGGAACCAAGUUACAAGCUGGAUGUUAUGGAUCAAUUCUUCAGUGAAUCCUAUUAUCUAUCCUUUGUGCCAUAAAAGCUUUAGAGAUGCUUUAAUAAAAAUGUCUCAGAAAUCCAAACAGCUUGCCCCUGAUCUCAUUGCCUCACUGUCCUCCACAAUUCAAGUAGCGCUGAACAAGCUGCACGAGGAGGUGGCGCUACAUCAUAGAUUUGUGGAAAUCGAACAGAGGUUGGCGUGUGUAGAGGAAGAUUCUGCAGGUGCAGCAGCUAAACACAAGGACUUAUUUCAGUUAGCCAACCGUUUGCAGGAGAAACUAGAAGACCUGGAAAAUAGGUCCAGGAGGAGCAAUUUUAGACUGGUUGGAAUACCAGAAUCAGUGCCACCGCAAGAUCUGCGACGCCUAUUUGAAAGUGAUCUACCCCAGGCCCUAGGCCUCGAUGGGAAGCGGAGAGUUGAGAGAGCACUUUGUGUGGGGCCCCAGAGAGAGCCCAUGGCGCCAUCCUCUAUGACAACAAAUCAGAGACCCUGCCAAGUAAUUUGCAAAUAUCUAGAUUACUCAGAUAAGGAGGACAUUUUGAGGGCUUAUAGGCUAAGACGUGAGCCGUUGUUCAUACGCGGUAACAAAGUACUUGUAUUUGCUGACUACUCGGCAGAAACCAUGCAGAAACGCAGAGCCUUCAGUAUUGUAUGUUCUGGACUGCACAGAAACUGGAUCAAAUUUCAACUAAUGUACCCAGCAACUCUCAAAAUAAAACAGACAGCACAACACGUCAAUUCACUGACCCAAAGGAAGCUGAGAGUUACCUACUCUACAUUGCCACAAUAA